AUGCUGAAUAUAAUGCAUAGUCGGAUAGCAAAACUAUGUCGAAAUCCACUUAUCGUCUCCAUCCCCUCUAGAUUGAUCCAUAAUUCCACAAAACAAGCUAUGUUAUUUGAAGGAAACUCAAUAGGAAUAGCGAAAACAGAAGAGGAACGAAUGAGCUCUGUGUUUGGUGGAAGAUUAAAGGGUCAACCUCCAAGAUCAACAAGUAGAAUAAUAGUGGGACAAAGUAAAAAGAUCGCUGGUGUCGAUGUUCCGAUGAAACCUGAAGAACCUGAUAACUGCUGUAUGUCAGGGUGUGUUAACUGCGUUUGGGAGAUGUAUAACGAUGAUGUCAGGUAUUGGAACAAACAAAGAAAAUUAGCAGCGGAAGAUAUCGCCAUGACUAACGAAAUUUGGCCUGCGGAUUGGAAUCCUCCUUUAACUGCAAUCCCAGUGAAAAAUGUACCAGAAACAUUAAGACACCAGAAACAUAUGCUAGAUAAAAAAGUAGAAACAAAGAGACUGAAAUCGAUAGCUGAAGUAAGAUCAUUGUUCCCAAAGAGAGAAGGACCAUUACCUAAAGCUGUUUUAGAGGCUAAAGCUAAAAAUCAACAAUUACAUUCAUCAACCUCUACAAAAGAUCUCCUUGAAAAUGAGGAUGACGGUUGGGAUGAAGUACCGGUACAUAUAAAGGCAUUUGCAGAAUUCGAAAGAAAAAAACAUCUAUUAGCAAAAGAAAAUAAAAUAAAACGUAGAAAGGCAAAUCCUCUACUUGCUCAACUAAUAAAACAGGAGGAGGAAUAUGCCAAUAAAAAUAAAAAGUUGUAA